CAGUGGCAUCGUUGUGAGCAACACCAUUCGAGAAGUGACAGGUUCGAGAGUCCCAAAGCGGAAUCGUUUGAAGUCUCUAGAAGCCUCACGCCAUUUCUGCAUAUUUCGGUUCACUCGGUGUCGUCAAGCUGAGUUCCACAGAAUGUGGUCUCGUACUCCGGUCUUCAGGUCUAUAAAUCACACACCAUCUCUCCCUCUUCAGACUGUCUUUCAGCAGACCAGAUCAGAUCAGAACACUUCAUGUCUAAUACCCUUCGAAAAUUUCCACACCGCGUAACUCCAGCAAUCUUCGGCAUCUCCAAGCCAAAGCGAACUCAAACAAGAAACAUGGCUCUCUUCCCACGCAUCCCAUCUUCAUUCGGCCCCUACCGCUCCGACAUGGGCCCAUUCUUCAACCUCUUCAACGACACCUUCUCUGAGCUCCAGAAGCUGUCUGACAACGCAUCUCGGACCUUCGCACCCAAAUUCGACGUCAAGGAAGCCAAAGACAGCUACAUUCUGGAGGGGGAACUGCCUGGAAUCGACCAAAAGGAUGUCGUCAUCGAGUUUGCCGACGAACAGACUCUCACGGUGAAAGGCAAAACGGAGACCUUCAGAGAGGAGGGAACCAAACCAAGCGAGGCCAACGGCGAGGGCAAGAAAGAAGAAGCCGCGUCUGGCAGCAAAGAAGUGGCCACGACUGGCUCCAAGGAAGUUGCAAAGGCCGAACCACAGCACACCUAUUGGGUCUCAGAACGCAGCGUCGGCGAAUUCGCCCGCUCGUUCUCCUUCCCCAACCCAGUCGACCACGAGAAGGUCAAGGCCAGCAUGAAGAACGGAAUUCUGAGCAUCGUCGUUCCGAAGCUAACAAAGCAGAAGACGGCGAAGAGGAUUGAGAUCAGCCAGGAGUAAAAGCACACAAGUCACGAGGCGAAAAGCAGUUAAUAGCAGGAUUUCACGGGGUCAUCUAUUCAACCGAGGUCUGACACUACAUCUAGCCACAAAUCACGACAUUUCUCACUCGCACUGCACCUUCAACCACUAUCCAACAGUGCAAGCUCUCCCUGCUGUUUCCACGUUCCUUAUCCCAGAAAAACCUCAUGGCGACUCGAGUGACAUUCCUUCACAAGCAUGAAUGGUGUUUGGCGCGAAGUUUCUAGUUUGGGGUCUCAAAAAACAUCAAAAAUCAAAAAGUCCACAGCCUUGCACCGGCCUGUACAAGUAACAUCAUGGACGGAUAUCUAUCAUGGUUCCUCAGAUAGUCCCCGUGGUCCUGUAAUAGCAUCCAUUUCAAACCAGAACAAAAGUGCCUGAUUGUCCAUUUGUGCCCUCUCUCCUGCAUUCAAGCUAGCACGGAAUAUAACAUAUCCUUCAGACUUAACCGGACUAGGGUGUGAUUUGGUAGUGUCUCG